GUCAACCCGGUGAAUCCCAAGCCUUUCAUCCAGGAGCUCACUGGGAAGCCGGUGUACGUGAGACUGAAGUGGGGUCUCGAGUACAAGGGAUUCUUGGUCAGUACAGACGGUUACAUGAAUCUUCAGCUUGCAAACACGGAGGAAUUCCAGGAUGGAAAGUCGAAUGGUGCCCUAGGAGAGGUGUUCAUCCGGUGUAACAACGUGCUGUAUAUUAUAAGUAUCACCUAUCCUCUCUACUGGUAG